AUGUCUUCAUUGAGCGCCGCAUCCACGCAGGUAAACGACUCAACCAACCAACCGGACGAAGAUGUCGAUGGAAACAAAGAGCACUUGCGGGCCGAAAUAAGACGCUGGCGACCGAAUGAAGUUGAAAAGAUGCUGCUUCGAGGAGAUAAUAAAUCAAUUGAUCUACUUUGCCAGCUCGGCCUCAUUGAUGAAAGAGAUACCAAAUUGACGGGACUGACAGCAUUUUCUCCUCGCCGGGAAGAGUACACUCCGAAUGAACCGCCUUGGAAGUUUGAUCUCUCCCAGCUUGUGGAUGGGAACCCUGCAGAAAUCGCUAGAAAGCUCUCAGAAGAAAGCUUCCUCAAAUUCAAGGGGAUUCCUUAUGAAGAUUUUGUGCGGAAGGCCUUUGGACUUUCAUCCGACAAAAUUAGUUCUUUCCUUUGGAAGUACGAGUUCCUCGAAUGGAAAUUAUAUUCCAAAUUGGUCAAUGCGCACGUCAAUCUUCUGUUCCAAGUGAAGGAAAUUCUGAAAGAAAUCAAAGCCGACCCUUUUAUCUAUGCCACCGUUGAAACUGCUUGGCAAAGGGCGGUUCUACAAAAGCGGACUCACAAGAGCUCAACAAAUGCGAAUGAGGAAGAUUUAGCAUCGAGAUUCGAUGAGAGACUAGAUGCAUCACUCCGUUCUGUGGUCAAGCCAUUGAGAGAAAUCCUCUCAAGGCCGGAUACUGCCCCAAACAUACUGCAGGAGCUACAGGUCAUGAGGUUUCGAUUUCAUGACUUUUAUAUGCCGCUUGAAGUGGACUGGGACUCGCAACUUGAUACCAGCAACGGAUUUUUGGAGCAGAUCCGAUGGUGCAGUACUUCCGCUCUUGCUGAAGCUAUCUCGAGAAAGGAUCAAGCUCUAUUUGCGGAAUAUGUCGCUCCUGCUUUUACUGAAGAGGGUGGGCAUGCCCGGCAACACCUGAACACACAAUGGAACCGUCUCUCUAAUACAGUCAAGCGGGUUAUGGCCGCUAACAUUGGGCUUUCUUCUCGAAUUGAUCAUCUCGCCAACUCGCUCCACCGUCUACGCAAUUACUAUUCCCUGACAGCUGUCGUCCAGGGUGUCAAAGCAAGUGGCUUCUGGACGGAGACCCUCGGAAAGUUCGGCGAGCUUAUCAAUCCAUACGAAAAUUACCAGUAUUAUCGACAUGAGAUGGGCAUAAAUGGUGUACUACAAAAUAAUGCGCUACAUUUUCUCUUCCCAGCGCUGAACAGCUUCACGCAAGGUAAUGGUGAUAUGGGGAGACUCGUGAUGUAUGAUUCUGCAUUCUACAUCGUGAGAAUUGACAAAAAAAGCUGCAAGAUGCAUUUUAGCACCUCCGGCCUCAUGGAAGCUGUAAAAGAUAAUGCUGGCUCCACGAGGGAUGAGUCUCCAUUAUCUUACCUCUCCUUUUUCGGUGCUUUCUUCGCUUGUUUCAGGAAUUAG